AUGACGUCAGUAGUCGACGCAAAUAUCUAUCCUCAUGCAUCUGGUGAAGCAGAAAAGACAGUGAAAGCACAUUCGAACAAUCAAGAACUCGUCUUUUACGCUGGAUGGUUUUGUCCAUUUGUACAACGAACAUGGUUGGCCUUGGAAGAAAAAGGACUUGAAUACGAAUAUCGUGAAGUGAAUCCAUACAAGAAAGAAAAAGAAUUUUUGGACAUUAAUCCUCUUGGUUUAGUUCCAGCCAUUGUCUAUCGUGAAAAAGCAUUAUAUGAAUCGUUAAUUCUCAAUGAAUUUUUAGAAGAUGAAUUUCCUGAUUCGAAAGCACUUUUACCAAAGGAUAGUUUCGAACGUGCACGAUGUCGACUGUGGAUUGAUUAUCUAACGAAAAAGUUCACACCUGCAUUCUAUCGGAUUAUGCAAGCUCAAGAAGAAGACAAGCAAAAAGAAGCUCUGAAUGAACUCGUUGAAAUUCUUCGAAAAUAUCUCGAACAAGUCAAAGGUCCGUGGUUUUUAGGUGAACAAUUUUCGUUGACGGAUAUUACAAUUGCUCCGUGGAUUUGUCGUAUGUUUAUUCUGGAAGAACAUCGAGGAUUUACAGAUGAACUCGUUGGUGGACGCUGGUUAGAAUACAAGAAACUCAUCAACGAACGAACAAGUGUAAUAAAAACAUCGUCAGAUCAUCAACAUCUGACGGAUAUUUAUCAACGUUAUUUAAAGAAUGAAACUCAAUCUGAAGUUGGCAAAGCAAUUCGAGCAGGAAAAGCAUUACCAUAG